AUAAUUGUUUGGACAAAUAAUUUAAAGGAUAUGCUGAUGUUGACACGAAAGGUGGGGUCAUUCAGACUAUAAAAAAACAUGUGGACACGUUACUCCGAUCUUACAUUUCAUCCUCACUCAGUACAUCUCGUUAAGUUCGUCUUAACAAACCAAUAUAACAUUUUGGAUGCAUCCAUUUUCAACUCUCAGACUGUGGUGGAGAAUCCAACAAUGCAGACCAUGGACAUUGAUGAUGACACGUCUCCCAACAAGCCCAGUGUUACAUUUUCAGCACAUUUUCAGUGGUGGAAGAGACCCUCUGGAGUUGCUGCCGUGUGUCUGGGGCUGCUGUGUGUUCUCCUAUUGGCUGGGAUCAUAGGCCUGUCUGUCUACUACGGUGUCAUUGAUCAUCACUGCUCAACAGAGAGAGACCAACAGACCAGUUACAGCCUUCUGACUAAAGAAGGAGAUCAGCAACCAACCAGUUAUAAUAACUUAACAAAAGAGGGAGACCAGCUACAGAGCAGUUACAACACCUUGACUAAAGAGAGAGAUGAGCUACAGAACAGUUACAACACCCUGACUAAAGAGAGAGACCAGCUACAGAACAGUUACAACACCCUGACUGAAGAGAGAGACCAGCUACAGACCAGUUACAACACCUUGACUAAAGAGAGAGAUGAGCUACAGAACAGUUACAACACCCUGACUGAAGAGAGAGACCAGCUACAGAAUAGUCUCACCACAAGGACCAAAGACAGGGACCAGCAGCAAAAUAGUCUUAAAGUUAUGACUUCUGAAAGGGAGCAAUUACAGAAUAGUCUUAACUCAAGGACUAAAGAGAGAGACCAGUUGCAGAAUAGUCUAAACAUCAGGACAACAGAGAAAAAUCUGCUACAGAAUAGUCUCACAACCAAAACUAAGGAGAAAGAACAGUUGCAGAAUAUUCUCACCACAAUAACUCGGGAGAGAGACCAGUUACAGAAUAAUCUAAAUACGAGGACCGCAGAGAAAAACCAGCUACAGAACAGUCUCACAACAAAAACUAAGGAGAAAGACCAGUUGCAGAAUAAUCUAAAUACCAGAACCACAGAGAAAGACCAGUUACAGAACAGUCUAAAUACCAGGACCACUGAGAGAGACCAGUUACAGAACAGUCUAAAUACCAUGGCCUUUGAGAGAGACCAGCUACAGAAUAGUCUAAAUACCACGGCCUCUGAGAGAGACCAGUUACAGAACAGGCUUAGGUUCUAUGAGAAACCCUGUCUGGAUGGAUGGUGGAAGUUUGGCACCAGCUGUUACUUUGUCUCCUCCACGAUGGACACAGGCGGGGGAGGUCAGAAGGCGUGCAGAGCAAUGGGUGCAGAUUAUGUUAUUAUAAACAGCAGAGAAGAACAGAUAUUUAUCCAUGGAUUUAAGAAGAAUGUCUGGAUUGGUAUAUAUAAAGAAUAUGGAAUCUGGAAGUGGGUUGGCCACACCAUUUAACACCACCUAUUGGAUGGAAGGGGAACCAAAUAACUUGAAUGACAAGGUGGCUUGUGUUGAGAUCUCACAGACAGCAUCAGACCCAUUGAAGAGUUGGAGGGCUGCACCAUGUACUUCAAGUUACUGGGUGUGUGAAAAACCGUUCACCCCAUAGUCUAAUUAUAAUAGCUAACGUAACCCCAUAUCUUAUGGAGUUGAACUGGUUUUCACUGUGUAAGGCUGAACCUGUUUCUAUUUGUAACUACAUUGAAAGAUGUAUUCAUGCCUUUAAAGAGAUCAGAGGUAUGUGAGUUUAUCCACCGUUCAUCAGGCCCAGGGGAGUGGAGCUGUGGUCUAAUAGGCUCUAACUGUGGUUUAUAUAUUAUUAUUUUUGACCAUAUUGACAAAAUGUACCAUUAUGGCGUGCAUAUAAAACAUUUUUCAUUGAAGUUUUUACAGUUAUCAAUCCAUUUCAAAUGCAGCAGUGUUCUAUGUUUGUGUCCAUUCUGUACCAUGUGUUCAUUCUACUGAUUAAAUACAUCUAUAUACUGUGA